CAAGGAGAGAGGAAGAUGGCGGCAGGCGGAGUGAACUGCAAGUGUCGAUGAAACAGAUAUAGCUGGCAAAUAGUAGUUCAGAGUAAAACGCCAGUGCUGCACUUUGACCCUUGUCCUUUAAAGCUUUACGUGCAAGGAAUAAGGACGCUAAUGGCGCUGCUGUACGGCUUGUUAUGGCGGCUGUUGUUGGUUCUGCUACACGUUAACAGAGCACUCGUCUCCUGGCUCCGUGUCCGGCUUCGGAGCUGGAAGGGCCGGCUAUGGGAGCGGGCGAUGGCCGCUCUGCUGCUGCCGGUAGCCCUGACUGGGUUCCCGGACCAUCAGAAGAGGUUAAAUCACACCCCUGAUGCUAACGCUAACUCGGUGACUGGAAACCGAACAGCCAGUCGCCGUUCGCGGUGGCUCUCCGACGGCAGGUCUCUGGAGAAGCUGCCGGUCCACAUCGGCCUGUUGGUUACCGAAGAGGAGCCCAGCUAUACGGACAUAGCAAACCUGGUGGUGUGGUGUAUGGCUGUCGGCAUAUCUUAUGUCAGCGUCUAUGACAAUCAUGGUAUUUUUCGAAAGAACAACUGCCGUCUGUUGGAGGAGAUAGUAAAGCAGCAGCAGGAUUUGCUGGGCGUCGAUGGGUCCAAAUACAAUGUGGAGUUCCUGAGCAAUGGCAGCGACAAACACCAGCACCAUGUGGUGUCCUGCAGGCCUACAGUGAAGGUGUUGUCUCCUGAGGACGGGAAGCAGAGCAUUGUCCAGGCAGCACAGCAGCUUUGUCGCUCCGUGGAGAACAAAGAGAGGAGCUCCAAAGACAUCAGCGUCAACAUGCUGGACAUACUGCUCAGAGAGUCAAAGAAUAUUCCUGACCCUGAGCUGGUGGUGAAGUUUGGUCCUGUAGACAGCACGCUGGGAUUCCUCCCCUGGCACAUCAGACUCACCGAGUUCAUCUCCCUGCCGUCCCACAGAAACAUGUCCUAUGAGGACCUGUUGGGCGCCCUCCAGCAGUACAGCACCUGUCAGCAACGGCUCGGCCAGUGAUGUUCAGGCUGGCUUCAUGUUCUUCAGAUGGAAAGAUGUGUGGGGGUUCACACAGUCAGGGAAGAGUCUGGACAGGUGGCGACCCCUCCGCACCUCGCUGUGUCCCUCACUACUCCCCUCCCCAUCUGUCCACCUCCUGGAUCUCUAACAGACUAAGACAGCUUAAAGACGAGGAAACCAGGAGAGCCAGCCAGCUCACUUCCUGCCACCAACUCUUGUCUUAUAAUAAACUCACAUUCCACAGGACUUGUGGAACAUGCUCUCCGAGCCAAGAGAAAAUAGGACAUCAGAGACACACACUGGCAUGAGAAGACUGUCUGCACAGACUCAGUGUUCCACAAACCCUGUUCUGUCCUCUCAAAGCCUCUGGCUCACUGUUUGUCAUUCAGUCUCCAGCUGCUGUUUACUGCUGGAGACUCUGAAAAUGACUGGCCUUCACUCAGCAGACAACAAAGAAGAAACAAGGCUUUGUCCCCGUCCUUAUGAGGCAUCCUGGGAAAUACAGCUGCAUUAUAGGGAGAAGCUUAACUACCAGCACCACAUGAGCUGAGCAGCGGAAGUUGAGCGUAGGGACAGGGUGGUUAAUAAUGUGUAAAUAUGAGAAAUUCAUGUGGCUCUGUGUUUGUCCCUGUGGCCUCCAGCUUACAGUCGUGUGUUCAUUUGUAGUGUUGCUUCAGACUUGUUCAGAGGUUUGAUUAAGGCUCCUGUAUGACUGACCAUGCUCUGAAAUAAAGAAAAGCACUAUCUGUCUGUGUGUCUGACCAUAGCUCUUCUACCAAACUCUAUCUGCUCGCACUUUAACCCUGUGAGCCCGUACGUAUCAUAUAUGAUACCCACAUUUCUGGGACUCAUUGCA